AUGUUAUCGUUUAGCACUGGUGUAAAAGCUUAAAUUUGCUAAAAUUUGCUUUAAUAGCUCCCUAUACCUAAAAACUAUUAAGGGUAUUAGUGUAUAUUAGAUUCACAAAACAAUAUCAUCGCAAAUUCUGUUAGUAGAAUAUAUAUUACUAAUUAAAAUUUCUAAUUUAUUGACUCACAGUUCGCUUAAGGCAACUGCGGCGAAUAAAUUUUGAUGAAUCCUAACCCUGAAUUAUAAUAUAACGACAUUUUAUUUGAUUUUAAUGGCAGUUCAGGAUAGAUAAUAGCUUAUGCUUAAAUAAGCUACGAUAGUAAUUUCAACUUAUAAAAUGGAAACUAUCCUCAACUUGUAGGUAUACUAGUUUAUCAUAGAAAUGGAGAUUCAUACUUAAAUAAAGAAGUUCCAAUUAGUUAAUAAAAUUCUUAAUAGAAAUGCCAGAGCAACUAUUAUAAACAAUCUUAAUAUUAACUAAUUUCUAUGUCACCUGAUACUUCAUACUUUACUUUUUAAACAUAUAUGCAUCCUGGAAAUAUUCCUAGUAUAAUAUCCAAUUUGUAAGUGAUGGUCUACUUCAAAUGCCCAAUAGGUUGUUCACAAUGUACUAAUACAGGAAUAUGUUCUGCUUGUGUAACAAACUAUACUAUAAAAAAUAAUUAUUGUUACAUUAAUUGUAACUCAAAUUAAUAUGCAGUAAUAAUUGAUCUUAAUUCUACCGAGUAAAAAUGUUAAUCAUGUGACCCAUCAUGUUUAACUUGCUUUGGUACCGCAGUUAGUUGUACUUCUUGUAUAAAUAAUUAUUUUCUUAAUAAUAGCUAGCAAUGCUAACAGUGUGACUAAUCUUGUUUGAAUUGUACUGGUGACUCAAAAAGUUGCACUGUAUGUGCUAACAGCUAUUAUCCACUUAUUACUGGAUAACAAAAGAGUUUCUACUAAUGCUUUUAGACAUGCCCUGAUAAUUAUUUUUUAAAUAAUAAUUAGUGCUAAUAGUGUGAUUAGUCUUGUUCAACAUGCACUGGAAAUUCAUAAAACUGCACUUUGUGCUCAAAUGGCUAUAAUCCUUUAUAUGCUUCACCUACAGAUUAAACCUUUAGAUGCUAUUAGAUAUGUCCAAAUGGUUAUAAUCUUAAAUAGAAUUAGUGUUAAACAUGCCUUUAGUUAAGUUCUUAGUUUUGUUAAAACUGUGCUACUACUUGCAGAUCUUGCUAAAAAGGUCAGACAAACAAUUGCCUGGAUUGUUAUUAGACGAUGAACCUAAACGGGAGUACUUGUGUAUGUAAAAAUAGCCAAGAUUAAAGAAAUAACUUUUACUAAUGCAGUUACAAUAAUUUUGCAGUCGUUUAAGCAACAUUCGAUGGUAGUUCUCCUACUUUGAUAUUCGAGUUUGGAUCGCCUCUAAUUCAAAUUAACAAUUUAUAAUGCAAUUAAGUAUUUGAUUCAACUACUUUAAACUUGCUAGGUUCAAAUUCAAUUUGCAAGAUUACCUCAACUUAAAUAAUAGUUACUCUUAGUAAUGAUGCUACAAUUAUGGUAAACUCAACAAUUAAUUUUAAUACUUAAGCUAAUGUUCUUCAAUUCUAAGGAUAUUAAAAUCCAAUUGAUACUAUUUAUUUAACAUAAGUGGUAUAGCAGCUAACAGCUACUCCUUCAGUUAAUGUUUAAUAUAAUAAAAUUGUUAAUUCAUGUGAUGAUAUUUUAUUUUAGGUUUAAAGUAUUUAAAAUGAUGCACAAAGAGGUUUCCUUUAGUUAUAGUGGAGUCUUACUCCAUCUUAGAGUUUUGAUGAUUUGACUCUGUAAGAUUUAAACUCGCUAAUAUAAACAGCUAAUAAUCAACAAAGUUAAAUAUUAUUGAUAAACAAGUAUAUAACACCUCCAGAUACUUCUGUUUCAAUAAAUUUAUAAUACACAUUGAAAGUUUAUUAGACUAACACAUUAGUAUUUACAACAUUUAACUAAAAAAGUAAAUAAGUGAUUAUUUAAAGUAUCUAAAAUAAAUACCCUCCUAUAUACAGAUAUAUGGACCUUCAACUUAUUUUUUCUUUUUUUGUGUAAAUAUGUGAUCAGUCAGGAGCUAGCAUUACUCAAGAGCCUUUGAAUAUCAAAAUUAUCUCUAAUAGUAUGCCUUUUCUUAACUAAACUUAAGAUAAAUUUAUAGGACAACAAAUAGAAGUAUAUGUUAAACCUUAUUCAAUUCCUUAAGGAACUAUAUUAGAUAUUUAAGUUUAAGCUUUACUAGAUAGCAAUGAAUCUAUUAGCUCAUCUUAAAAUGUUUCAAUAACUCCUCAAUUAUCCAAUUUGUUUAUUGCUAUUACUAGUGGUUUAGAUGGGUUAGUGAAUUAUAAAAGUCAAUAUGUUAUAACAGGAUUAGCCAUAGAUUAUGAAGUUUAAGAAGUCACAUCACCAUAGGGGAUAUAAUUAACUUGGUCUUGUUAAAAUUUAGGCUAAUCUAACGGAAGUGUAUAGUGUUAUGACUACUUAAAUUAAGUAUAUGUACCUCCAUAAAAUGUAUUAAAUGUUACUAUUGAAGGAGGAACAUUCAAUCCUUACCAAAGCUUGCAAUUUACUCUUACAGGUAAGAAAGAUACUAGAAUUUCUAAACAAACAGCUCUAUUAAUAUUUGCAGAGAUAGAUAUUCCUCCCUUAUAUAUUUAGUUUGAUGAUCCAACCUAACUUUAGUAAGUGAAUAUCAACGAUAACAUAUCUGCAACAUUAAUAUAUGGUUCAAAUGUAUCUUCAGAUAUUCUCACAUACGCAGGUGCUGUUUUAUAUAACAAUAACGUUGUAGGAAUUAUAAAGUUUGACUAUUAUAAAGUCAAAUUGAGAAUUUGGGAUUAUUUUUCAAACUUGAAUUAAAAUAAUCCUAUCAUCUAAAUUAGAUUUACUGUUUACAACCCUGCUAACAUAAUGCCUAGUUUAAGUGUUACCAAUUUCAACAUUAAUUUACCACCUUAAAAAUGUUCUCUUUCUGUAAGUCCUGUAAAUGGAAUAGCUCUUCAAACUAAAUUUACAAUUUUAUUCACUGGAUGCACUACAAGUAAUAACCCUCUCACCUACUAAUUUUUUUAUUACAACCAAAUCAGUGAUAAAGAAUCUGAGAUUUAAAAACCAUAAAAUAUUUUGAGAAGGCAAAUUUAAGAUUAAAGCAUAUCCCAUUAAAUAACAACUACACUUCCAUCAGGAAAUUUAUUAAUAAUUGGUUAGGCUAUGGAUUCAUAUUUAGCUGUUUUCAAUUCAACAAUAUAGCUAAAUGUUUUUCCUUAUUAACAAAAUGAAUAAUUAUUGUUGAACACUAUUGAUUAAUCUAUUAAAAAUAUAAUUACUUUACCAAUAAAAAAUAGCAUCCUUGAUUUAUGUGUUAUUGGAGAAGAAAUAUCGAAAAGUAGUAGUCUUUACUCACUCCCAUCUGUAAAUUUAAGAAAGAUGACAUUAAUAUCAUCUAUAUUUAGUUUGUCUAAUUAAUUACCAAGCUCAUCAUUUUUAUCAACAUUCGCUAGCAAAGUAAUAUCAUAGCUCUAAUCAACAUUAUUUUCAUCUGAUGAUUCAUAAAAUUCAAGUGUUUUAAGUCAAAUAAACUCAGUUUUAUCAAAUCAGUAAUAACUUAUUGCUAAUAGUACCAGCAACAAACUUUUGGCAAAUAAUGAUAUUGUUCUUCAAAAUAUAAUUGACUCUUAUAAAAUUUUGAAUGCAACAACAAAAAGUGUUGAUACAAUUAAUACUUCUUACAAUAUUUUACAAACUUAAAUGAAUUUAUCAGAUAAAAUUGGUAAUUUACUUAAUUCUAUAUCUCUUCCUAAUUCAGGAUAAUUUUAGCUUCAAGGUAAUCUAAUUUCUUUAAAUUGUGAGAAAAUUACUUCUAAAAAUCUUCAAAAAUACUUUUUUGAUGAUAGUUAAUCUUAGCAAAAUGAUUCAAGCAUUUAUAAUAUAGUAAUGACCAACUACUCUUAAAACCCUUUUGCAUAAACAUAUGGUUUUUAAAGCUAUGUGAAUUAGCUUAAAAAUAUCACACCUGAUAUUUAAAUUUCUAUGAAUCCAGUAAUAAAGCCUUUAAUUGAAAAUACCAGUAAUAAAACAAAUCUAAAUUAAAACAAAACAUUGCAACUUUCUUUUCCUAAUGUAAAACAAUCUAAGUAUAAUUUUAGUUGUAUACAAUAGCAAGAUGCUUAAUCUAGUUGGUCAUCAAAUAACUGCGAAAUUAUUAAUUCUAAACAGAUUGGAGGAUAUUAUUGCAUUUGCUAAGACUAAAAACCAACAACUAUUACUGAAGAUUUAUAAAGCGUUCUAAAUAAUAAAAAUAUACAAACAGCGUUUGGCUCUUAGGGUCUGUAUAAUAUAACUCACUUUACAGAUUUUUACGAAUACGUAAUCUUUUGGAUUUUAAGUUUAGUUACUUUAUUGCAAAUAGGACUGUGUUAUGUUGGUAAAAAAUUAGAUAAAAAGUAAUUUAAUAUCUAACGUGAAUCUUAAUAGUCAAAUAUUAUUUAUCCAUUACCCUAGUAGAUAAAAGAUAACUAAAAAUAAUAAUAAUAAUAAUCUAACUAAUAUUAAGAACAACAAUCUCCUUCAUUAUUUCCAUAGUCACCGGUAUUCUAAUCCAAAUCCCAAAAGGUAGAAUAGUUGAUUCAAUAAGAUUUAAUACUAGACAGCUAAAUUAGCUCUUAAUCAAAAGUACCAAGUUAAAUAGACAAAGAAACUAAUUAUAUAAUGAACUGGAAUAUUCCUUAAAAUUCGAAAAGUAUAUUUUUUUCAUCAAAGCAAGUAAACUAGUAAGUAGAAUUGAAUAAAUAAAACUCAGAAAUAACAAAUGAUUGUAAAAUUAAUCAAAAUAUAUUUGAGAACAACUUUAAUUAAAAGAUGGAGCAAAAUUAUUAGGAAAGUAAACUCGAAACUUAAAAUAAUAAUUAAAAUCAAGAAAAUAUUAGUUAAAAUAAAAAUGAAGACUAAAUUAUAAAAGAAGAAGAAGAUAAAGUUUUAAAAAAUAGAGAAAUGUUAUAAAAGUUACUUAAACUAUCUUUUGUUAAAAGAAUCUUAGUUUUUCAUAACUUCUUUAACAUUUUCUUCAUACACGAUGAAUAGCUCUCUAGGGCUUUAAGAUUUACCAUUUUUUAUUUGAGAGUAGUGCAUUCGCUAAGCAUAUCAACAAUAUUUGAUUAGUAAUAUGAUGAAGCAUAGAUGAUCAUAGUUUCGAUCAUAAAUACUUCAAUUAUAGUCAUUAGUGUGGCAUUAAUUUAAACUUUGUAUAAGCUAAGAAAAGUAGGAAGAAUAAUUUCAUCAUUUCUCAUGAUAUUUUUAAUUGCUCUUUACUAUUAUAUUUUAUUAGCAGUUAUUAGUGGUUAAUCUGAACAGAACUCAAACAAAAAAAUAUCUUCUUUCUUUAUCAUGUUUGGAUUUGAUUUGAUUUUUGUUUCUACUUUUAUUUCUUUGAUUAACGUGAUUGUAUUAACUUUAGUUGCUAAGUAAGUUUAAAACAAAUUAAUCUUGAAAAUGUUUAAUUUGUUAAAGAUUUAAGAUACAAUUUAGAGGUUAAUUAUAUGA